GGCGACUCUUGAGGCGCAUGCGCUCUCUGAUCCGUCUUCUUCCGCUCUGCUUCUGCCUUAGGAGCUAGUUGGUGGCUGGACUUCCUACGAUUUCGGACUGCAAUGCUACCCUUUCCUUUGCUCUGGGCGGCCCGGCCCCUGCAGAGAUGUGGUCAGUUGAUCAGGAUGGCCAUACGAACCCAGCACAGCGACGCAGCCCAGACCCAGACUGGGGAAGCAGCCAGGGGCUGGACAGGCCAGGAAAGGCUGUCAGACAGUGACCCUGAAAUGUGGGAACUGCUGCAGAGGGAGAAAGACAGGCAGUGUCGUGGCCUGGAACUCAUCGCCUCAGAGAACUUCUGCAGCCGAGCUGCGCUGGAGGCCCUGGGGUCCUGUCUGAACAACAAGUACUCGGAGGGUUAUCCUGGCAAGAGGUAUUACGGGGGAGCAGAGAUAGUGGAUGAAAUCGAGCUACUGUGUCAGCGCCGAGCCUUGGAGGCCUUUGACCUGGAUCCUGCACAGUGGGGAGUCAAUGUCCAGCCCUACUCAGGGUCCCCAGCCAAUUUGGCUGCCUACACAGCCCUCCUGCAGCCCCAUGACCGAAUCAUGGGGCUGGACCUGCCCGAUGGGGGACAUCUUACCCAUGGCUACAUGACUGAUGUCAAACGGAUCUCAGCCACAUCCAUUUUCUUCGAGUCCAUGCCCUAUAAGCUGAAUCCCCAAACUGGCCUCAUUGACUAUGACCAGCUGGCCCUGACUGCCCGACUUUUCCGACCUCGGCUCAUUAUUGCUGGAACCAGCGCUUAUGCACGCCUCAUUAACUAUGCCCGGAUGAGAGAGGUAUGUGAUGAGGUCAAGGCUCACCUGCUGGCAGAUAUGGCCCACAUCAGCGGCUUGGUGGCUGCCAAGGUGAUCCCCUCACCUUUCAAGCAUGCGGAUGUUGUCACCACCACCACUCACAAGACCCUUCGAGGGGCCAGGUCUGGACUCAUCUUCUACCGGAAGGGUGUGCGGGCUGUGGACCCUAAGACUGGCCGGGACAUCCCUUACACGUUUGAGGACCGAAUCAACUUUGCCGUGUUCCCAUCCCUGCAGGGGGGGCCCCACAACCAUACCAUUGCUGCAGUAGCUGUGGCCCUAAAGCAGGCCUGUACCCCCAUGUUCCGGGAGUACUCCCUGCAGGUUCUGAAGAAUGCUCAGGCCAUGGCAGAUGCCCUGCUAAAGCGAGGCUAUUCACUGGUGUCUGGUGGCACCGACAACCACCUGGUGCUGGUGGAUCUACGGCCCAAGGGCCUGGAUGGAGCUCGGGCUGAGCGGGUACUGGAGCUCGUAUCUAUCACUGUCAACAAGAACACCUGUCCUGGAGACCGAAGUGCCAUCACACCUGGGGGCCUGCGGCUUGGGGCCCCAGCCUUGACAUCCAGACAGUUCCAUGAGGAUGACUUCCGGAAAGUUGUGGACUUUAUAGAUGAAGGUGUCAACAUUGCCUUGGAGGUGAAGAGCAAGACUGCCAAGCUCCAGGAUUUCAAAUCCUUCCUGCUCAACAACCCAGAAACAAAGCAGCAGCUCAGAGACCUCAGGCAACGGGUGGAGCAGUUUGCCAGGGCCUUCCCCAUGCCUGGUUUUGAUAAGGCUGGGCGGCCCAGGACAAGCCACGCCGAGCCCGAGCAGCGCCGCCCCUGGGCGGGCACCCGGUGCCUCAGCUAACGUGGGGCUUGCCACGUCUCUUGGCACUCGAAGGCCCCUGCUCACUCUGACUCACGUAGGUCACGCUCAACACGUAGCCAAAGCCACACCCUGAAAGGCCCCCGAGGCUCGGCAGGGGGGCUGGCCAGCUCCUUUAGGGUCGACCCCCGCCGCAGCUUUCCUCCUAAUUCAUCCUUCCCUUUUCUUCUCCCACCCCCCGCAAUUCCCCGUGGGGCUCAAGCCGAGGGUCAGAGGCGCUUCCGCUGAGAGCAAGCGGGAGGGGUGGGGGUGGAGCUGCCUCCCCUCCGCGUGGGAACCGGGCCGGGCCUGGGGAAGCGGGGCCUGAAUGGGGCGGCAGAAUGGUGCUGGAGGAUAAGGAGGUGGGGGGUGAGGGGGCGGCUGGCGAUGGCGAGUGGAAGAAAUUAGUGGGCUGGGGACCGUGGUUUACAUUCAACGUGGGCUCCAGCUCAUCUUAGAAGUCUGGCCGGUCUUUCUUGAGCUUCUUAUAGUCAGUGGAAACUGCAAGGAACUGUGAGAAGAGGGAAAACGAGGCUGCACCGGGCACCCUAGGCAUCUUUCUGUGCUGCGGCGCUGGAGCGGUCGGUCCUGGGACCGAGGUAUGAGCGGAUGCAUGGGGGUGUAGCCCUUGGGCCAUCGGGAGGUACCUUAUAUUGGUCAUUGGGACUCAGGCGGUUCCAGGGCUCUGGAUUAUUCUUUCGAUCCCAGCUGUGGAGCAGGAGGGGAAGGGUUAGGGUCUCCUCUCCCGCAGCCUGGACUCUGGAGCAUAACGUGACCCCCAAGCUCCAGCCCGGGUCCGCCCCUUCUUCCUCAUCGCCUACCCUGGGGAGGGGGAGGGGUAUUUCCCAAAGACUGACAGGGAAGGGUGCGAACAAGCGAGACAAGAAGCCUGUCGUCGUUUGUCAGCGUGGGGCCAGGUGACAGAACCCGGUCGGGGGAUUCCUGCGGCUCCCCUAGGUUAGCCUUGCAGGAGGGCUGCAGGAAUCGGACGGACAUCCCGAGGAACUGGACUGGCCUUUCGGUGAUUUGUCUCGAAUUGCCAUAAUGCCUUGGGUGCCUUGGGAUCGCCGCCACUCGCCCCCGACCUCCCGGCUCAGCCCAGUGUGGAAUCUCGGCGCCACCCAGGCCCCUAUGGCGCCCCCAGCCGCCCACUCGGUCAUACCCCCAGGGCGCGGGCGCGGAGGUAGCAGUGCCCCAUGGCCCGCAGCCGGCAGAGUGGCGUCGCCAUGGCAACCGGGCAGGGAGCGUUGCGGGCUCCGCGGCCCGGAGCGGGCGAAGUAGGGAGCCAUCGAGCAGUGAGUGGCCCUUUGUGCCCGAGGGGAGAUCGGGGUUUCGCGGGUCGGAGCAGGCUCCAGCCCUGAGGUGUACUGGGUAUCGUCGGAGAUGCGUGACCUGGGGAUCCCCGCUAGGGGACCCCUGCGAGGUCCAUGUGUCCUCACCCCAUCUUGCCCCACCCCAGGCCCCUUGCCUGAGUCCUAAACCCGGCCUUUACCAGACGUCGGGGCUGCGCAGGGCGAGCCGCAGCAGGUAGAGCGCCGCGCUGCCCAUUCCCAGGCCGAUGAAACCGAUCAUCGGGAUGAGCUGCGGGAAAGAGGGAGGGCACAUUUUCGGAUCAGCCCUCCCGCCCUGCAGUUCCUCAUCGUCCUUUGCAAACUUCUCUGCGCUCCCUCCCUUCUGGGAGAGGGGACUUGGAACCUCCUACACCACAUCCCCCCAUCCGUGGUCUCCCUCACCGGACAAUGAGCCUGUCCGAGGUAGAUUCGAGAGACACAGGGGCACAUUGCAGGGAUGGGUUGCAGACACCUUGGGGGAAAACUAGGCGAGUUGGAGGAAUUGGGCAAGAGGCAGGGAACUGGGGCAUUUGCGGGCCAUGGGCUCUAGAGGCACAACUCACCGCGGGAUGUCUUUUAAUCUGCCGGUAGAAGCGGGCCCCCAGACUGGUUCCCGCCAUAUCGCCUCUCCAGUGUCUGGUCCUCUCCAGCGAUCUGCACCCUCCCUCCUCCUAGGGUCCCUCCUCCUAGGGUCCCGCCCCCCGGCCGGGAGGGGUCAGCCCAGCCCAGCCUGGCCCUGCACACCCAGCUUCUUCAGACUCACCCAACCCCCGCCCAGCUCCCCUCCUCCCCCAAUUCCAGGCCCAAAGCAGCAGGGGAAUUGUUGGGGCAAGGAGAUGUUCUGACUUCUUCAUUUUUCUCCAGAUGCCUGCACCCUGAUCUGUGAGACAUCAUCAUACCUGGGACCUUGGGCCUUGGGAGGGAGAUGCUGCACACAUGCUCAAGACCUAUUGAGGAAGAAUCCAGAAGUGGGCGGAGGGACCAGUCAUAGAAGAGGCAGGCAGACAGACUUCUAGCAAAGCACCCCUGUGUGAAGUGCCCACAGGUGGGAUCAGGAGGAGCCAGGGGCAGGUUUGGAAGGCUCACCGCCCCCUUUGGGGAACCGGGUCCUAGGAGCACAGGAGCCGAGUCCUAACCGCCUCUCCUCACUCCCACGCUGCCCCAGCAGCCGAAUCCCCUCUCCCCUCCAAAGCCGGCCCGGGGAUAGGCGGAGGCAGGGGCGAGCUGUGCACACACCGCUGGACCCCUCGGGGUCCGGGGAGGGAGGGGACCCUUGCUGGGAGCGACCCCCUCCCCUUCCCCGGGGCUGAUACUUCCCCUGCCCCCAGCGCUGACAAGCACGGCUGUAAUUAGGCUGCGGGGUCCCCGGCUCUCCGCCUCCCUCCGGCGGAUAAUGAGAUAAAGUGUCAGAGACACGGCGAGAACAAAGA